GGCGAGCUGCGGUGCACUGUGGGAUGGGAGACCGGCGCGCCGGGACGGCGGGCAUCUCGGGGCACCGGGCAGAGGCGCGGCGCGCGAGGAUGGGUGCGGGCGGUCGCGGGCGCCAGCGCCAUGAACGCGGCAGUGGUGCGGCGGACUCAGGAGGCUCUGGGCAAGGUGAUCCGGAGGCCGCCGCUCACCGAGAAGCUGCUGAACAAGCCGCCGUUCCGCUACCUGCACGACAUUAUCACUGAGGUGAUCAGGAUAACUGGCUUCAUGAAGGGCCUCUACACAGAUGCUGAGAUGAAGUCAGACAACGUCAAGGAUAAAGAUGCAAAAAUUAGCUUCCUACAGAAGGCCAUAGAUGUGGUCAUGAUGGUCUCAGGAGAACCCUUGGCAGCAAAACCAGCUCGAAUCGUGGCCGGGCAUGAACCUGAGAGAACCAAUGAGUUGCUUCAGUUGAUUGGCAAGUGCUGCCUCAACAAGCUCUCCAGUGAUGAGGCCGUGAAGAGAGUCUUAGCUGGGGAGAAGGGAGACUCGAGAGGACGGGCCGUACGGACCUCCAAAGCACCUGAGUCUGACAACAAGGGCGUGAAGGAAGAAGAUUCCAGAACUCAUAAAGAGGACAAAAGGAACUCUGAGGUGAAGGAGGGAAGCACGAGUGCAGAGCACAAGCAGAAGGAGGAACUGAAGGACGAGAACAAACCACGGGAGAAGGAGAGGGACAAGGAGAAGGCCAAGGAGCCUGACAGAGACCGACACCGAGACUCUGACAAGGACAGAAACAGAGAAGGAGAACGGGAGAAAGCCAGAACGCGGGCCAAGCAGGACAGGGACAGAAGCAACAAAGACCGGGACAGAGAAGCCGAAAGGGACAAGGAGAGAGACAGGAGGAGUGAGGGCGGGAAAGAAAAAGAGAGGCUGAAGGACCGAGACCGCGACAAGGGGAAAGACCGGGAACGGCGGAAAACGAAGAACGGGGAGCAUUCCCGGGACCCUGACAGGGAGAAGAGCAGAGAUCCAGACAAGCCAGAGAGAAAGUCAGCAAGCUCAGGGGAGAUGCCUAAAAAGUCGGAUGGAUCCUUCAAAGAUGCCAAAGUAGAGAUGGAGGCUGAGGUUUCUGCGGGAGCAUCCAGGUCCUUGCCAUCAAAAGCAUCAAAACGGCGAUCCAAGAAUUCACUGGAAGGAAGGAAAGAGGAUAAUAUUUCAGCUAAGAUUUUAGACUCCAUAGUGUCGGGACUAAAUGACGAACCAGAUCAGAAAGUGACAGCUUCAGAAAUAGAUGAUAACUCAGCUAGUCUGUGGCGGGAGAGCGCAGAGCCAGAGCCUGCAGUAAAGCAGAAAGGUGACUCUCCCAGUGACGCAGAAGGAGAAGCUGGACCUGCUGGCCAAGAUAAGCCCGAGGUGUCAGAGAAUGCAGAAGUCCCCAGUGAACUUUCCUCCAAUCUCAGAAGAAUACCUCGGCCUGGGAGUGCACGACCAGCACCUCCCAGGGUCAAACGACAAGAGAGCACUGAGACCCUGGUAGGAGACAGGUCAGGAAGUGGUAAGACUGUCUCCAAUGUGAUCAUCGACUCACAGAAUUCUGACAACGAGGAUGAUGAGCAGUUUGUGGUGGAGGCCGCCCCUCAGCUUGCAGAAAUGUCAGAAAUUGAAAUGGUGCAGGCAGGGGACCUGGAGGAUGAGGAGAAGCAUGGUGGGCUUGUGAAAAAGAUCUUGGAGACGAAGAAGGAUUAUGAGAAACUGCAGCCGUCCAAGCCUGGCGAGAAGGAGCGCUCACUGAUCUUUGAGUCAGCCUGGAAGAAGGAGAAGGACAUUGUGUCGAAGGAGAUAGAGAAGCUCCGCGUGUCCAUCCAGACCCUGUGUAAGAGCGCACUGCCCCUGGGGAAGAUCAUGGACUACAUCCAGGAGGACGUCGAUGCCAUGCAGAACGAGCUGCAGCUGUGGCACAGCGAGAACAGGCAGCAUGCCGAGGCCCUGAGCAAGGAGCAGAGCAUCACAGACAGUGCAGUGGAACCCCUGAAGGCCGAGCUGUCUGAGCUGGAGCAGCAGAUCAAAGACCAGCAGGACAAGAUCUGUGCCAUUAAGGCCAACAUCCUAAAGAACGAGGAGAAGAUCCAGAAAAUGGUGCAUAGUAUCAACCUGACGUCUCGAAGGUGAACGGCCAGCCCUGCAGAGAUGGAGCCCCCAUUCUCAUGAUGGGAGAAAAGGCAGGAAACUGUCACUCUGAGUCCCAGUCUGUUGAGAAAAUGGACUGCAGAUGCCUGGACCCAGCUAGCUACAGAACUUUGGGUUUAGGCGCUAAAGUUAUUAAAAGGCCGCGUUUUCUUACCUCCUUCCAGCUGCAGUGCUCGCUACUUUAGUCUUCAGCUCACCUUUGUGGGAGGGCUUGUUUCUUUGUUCUUUGGCAAAUAUGUUUUCUGCUGAAGCCUGUUUAAUCCUGCCCCCGAAUUUUCUAGCAGGUAAGUUGUGUCACCCCACUGGGGAAAUGGCAGGCCUUUAUUUCUGCUUUUGAGUCUCCCAGGAGGACUUCCUACCAGCACUGAGCAAAGAGUGAUUGUGUACUUUUUGGUGGGUACUUAAAAAUAGAACGAGGCUUGAGAUGAUUAAGUUACAUUUUGAUUUCUACCUGAAAGGGGUCAUUUCAGCCUGUGUCCUUGUAAGGUGCCUGUCAUCUGUGUGAGAUUGCUGCCCUCUUACUAUUGCCCGUGCUUCGGGGCAGUCUCCUCAUGGCCCUCUGUCUGCUUUUCUUGACCCUUGAAGUUCAGAUGCCGAAAGAGAAUUCAGUCUGGCCUUUAUGGACGUUGUCUGAUGGGAAACUGUCCCAGGCCGCCUCCUUGGCUUUCUUCAGCCUCUAGGGUACUCCCCAUGGAUAAGCAGUCCCCCAGUCCCCCAGACCUUGUAGCAUGAAGGACAGCACAGUUCUUUUCCUCCAUGUAGGUGUGUGCACCGAGAGCUGGGAGUGCAGAGAGACUAAGGAAGAGAGUACACCAACUUAGAGUUUGUGUUGUUUUCCUUUUUUAAAGGUGCAUAGAUUAUUUUUUUAUGGUUUAUAUUCAGUUUUUCGCCUACAUAAAGUACUGUAAAUACUUCUUAAGGUCUUGAAUUAUUGUACAAAGUGUCUCACUGUCUUUGGAGGUUCUUACCGGCUUAAGGUCUGAGAUGCCCCUCAUGUUUCUGAGUAUUUAUUAUGUUCACCAAGGCGAGCCCUGGUAAGUGUGAAGACUGCCUGAGCACAUUUUGUUUCCUAAAGACUUGCACACACGGCACAGCUAGUGUUUCUCAGUCAGUGGAAGGCAGCAGCCGAGUUCUCAACUGGGGGCCAUCGGGACAGUAUGUAGACUCCCUUUAGCUGGUAGGAGUUCUCCUUGCUGAAGCACACCACACUACUCUGCCAACCAGAUGCUUCUGAAUAGUUGGAGGGGGAGGGAAGGAUUGUUUGUCAAUAGUCUUUUGUAUUUCAUAAUCUCUUUUCUAAUAAAUUGAAUGACUUAGCCAUAACCCUAAGUGAACCCUAUGCAGCCCAAGUUAAGAUAUAUAUAAAAACCUUUUUUGAAUUUGUAUAUAUGAAUAGAAUUUUUAUGUUACAAAAUUAUAUACACUGUAUGUGAGUAAAUUUUAUAUUCUGUAGUCCGUCAGAUUGUAUUAUAAAGUUUUAUUUUUCUUUUAUACAUAAAUCAUUAAAAUAAUCACCUAUUUUUCCUAUAA